AUGUUGAAGAAGGGGCGCACCAACAGAAACCGCCACUCUAUGGUGGGCAUGCUCGGUCUGGCACAGCUUCUGACGGUGAUUCAGAUGCUGUCUGUGAUCAGACGUUUCAAUCUUGCCUGGACUGAGCCCUUGGCAAGUGUCCUUGGCUUUCUGGAGUUUCUAAGCUUGGAUGUUGAGGUGCUUUCCUUCAACUGUUUGACGACUGUGGGUCCUGUGGAGCUCUUUGCUGCCCGAGUGCUCGUGGUCCCGGCAAUCAUGAUUGCUGCAUGCUUGGUGCAUAUUUCCCACCACGCCUAUCUUCGUGUCAGAGGAGCAUCCAGGGCCCAUCUUGUUUGUAAGCAACUUGCUACAACAUUGCGGGCUGUCUUCUUCACCUUCUUCAUCAUCUUCUUCGCCACGCUUCUCACACCUUUACAGUGUCGUGAGCAUCCGAAUAAACGUUGGACUGUUCGAGGCUAUCCUGAUGUACACUGUGACGGUGGCGACCGACACGUUCAGAUGCUGGUGCUGGCCAGCGUGGCGUGCACGAUGCCACUGUUCUUUAUCGCGGUCUGCAUCUGGCUAGUCAUGGUGCAGCUUCCCCGGCGCUUGGCCAGGUCGGAUACGGCCUUCUUGGAGUCUUGCUCCUUUCUGAUCGCACGCUUCCGCCCCGGCGCAGAAAGCUCCUGCGUGCUCUUUUUGAUCAGGGGCGCGCUGGUGGCCUUCAGCCCAGUUCUGGCUGCUCAGUACGCUAGAAUCUUGAUGUGCUCUUGGGUGUUGUAUGUUCAGAUAGUGAUGGUGGCUCUGGCUCAGCCAUGGAGAUACAUGGUGUGCAACAUCCUGGACAUUGCUCUUGCUAUUGGCCUGCUUGUGAUUCUUGACAUGGGCUCGUUUGCAGUUGCAGAUGCGGAUCCAAGAGAGAGCUCAGCGGUUGCAAUGUUCUUCCUUUGCUUGAUGUUUCUCAUGAUCGGCGGGACGUCGUCUCGCAGUAUGGCAAGCUACUUUUUUCAACGGUUCCAAAAGAAGUUCAAGUUCUUCGUGUGCCAUCAGAAAAGUGUUUCCGGGUCCAUGGCCCCGCUACUUCAGAUGGCACUGGAGAGGCAGCUGCCGGGCACGAAGACCUUCAUCGACUGCGACGACCUCCACGACUUAUCAAGGCUUUUCAGCUACGUGGGGCAGGAUACUGAGACCUUCGUCAUUCUUGGCACCGGCGGAAUCUUUACGAGGAAGUUUUGUGUGGGCGAAAUUGUCACUGCCCGUCGGGGCGGUGUACACACAUUGCUAUUGGGCUGGCCUAACUUGACAAUGCCAACCGAAACCUUUGCUGAGAGCUACAUUCACUCCGGUUUAGACAUCGGUGAGUUGGCAAAGGCCACGUUCGCAGACUUGGGCAAGGUUACCAUGCUCCCGCUGCCGGAUUGCAUCACGCCGGAGAGCUUUCAAGGCCUUGUUACCAGAUUGAUCGGACACUGUCCUGGCCACAGUGAGGUGAGUGCAACCAGGUCCCUUUGCGAGGUCUCCUCUGCGUUCCCUGUGCUCGUAGACCCUCAAAAUGCAGAGGCCAUGGCAUCCGCCAUGGUGCUUGUGUUGCUUCUGCAAAAACCUUGGCUUGGCACUGACCUGCCAAAACCGUCGAUCGUCAUGGAAGGGUCCGAUCUGGUGCAGUCGACACAGAUUGCGCUGAUGGUGUGCAGCGAGAACUGCUUUCAGUCCUCGCACAUCCAGAGGUUGUUGCUGCAAGCCUGUCGCUUAGGUUCCUGCUGCAUGAUCCCAGUGAUUGUGGAGGACCACUACCAGGCACCGUCAACUUCACAGAUUUCUCUCUGCGAUGGAGAACGGCAUACUUCCGACACGGCAACUUUUUACAGCAUGGUCAUCCAGGCCGUGUUUGACCAGAUUGCUGUGGUGUUUGUACCGCAGAACUACAGCUCCAGCCAUGAAAUUCUCCAGCUUCGUGCAAAACAAACGAUGGAAAGGGUCACUUCACCGCUGACGACACUGCAAGAGAAGACGUUUGGUCUCUUGGGCCAGGCCCAGAGCAAGCCUCAUGCCGGCUGUGUCGUUAAUGAGGUCCACGAGGUUAACGAGCUUCGCGCAACCAGAGCUGAGGAGUUGACCCAAGUUUCCAUGUGA